AUGACUGGCUCACCUGUAAAGUAUGGGAGGAAAGUGAUUGUCCCAAAGAGUAUUGGACAAGAGGAUUUCAGUAUUCUUUCCAAGUGUCAGUGUAGGUCUGAUGGGCUGAAUGGCCUCCUUAAGGUGUCAGGGUUGUGUGUGUCUGAAAACUCAGUCAGUAUUGUUCUUGCAGAUUACUUGUUCACUGACCUACAGAAACAAACGACCUGGGACACAAUCUACCAGAGGAGCCAAGGUCAGCCAUUCCAGUACUUUGACUGGUUCCUGGGAUACUCCUCACUGAGGGGGCUGAUCCUGCAGCUACUGCAGGACAUGGAGAGUGAGGCUCCACUCAAGCUGCUAGAUAUUGGCUGUGGCACCUCGGAGCUGGGCCCCCGCCUGUACUGUGAGUGUCCAUUCCCACUCCAUGUCUACUGUGUGGAUUUCUCUCCCAUCGCACUCGCCAUAAUGCGUGCACAGUUUUCACUGCUGCCUCUGCCUGUGAGCCCAGCUUCCCAACUGCAUUUUGUACAAAUGGACAUCGGGAAUCUCUCAGGCUUCCAGCAGCAGAGCUUCGAUCUCAUUCUAGACAAGGGAACACUGGACGCGCUGCUCCGAGCAGAUGAUGGUGGUGAGGCAGCUCGCUGUGCCCUGACACAGUCACUUGGAAUGUUGAGACCUGGUGGUUCGAUGCUGCAGAUAUCAGACGAGGAUCCUGAUGUAAGGAUUGUUUGGUUGGAGAGUCUCUGUCUUGCGACUGUUACUGCACUCGAAGUGGAUACUGAGAAAAAUGCUGGUUAUUUUGCUUACAUUAUCAAACCAACCUCGAUGAGUACAUGGCGUUGACUCCCUCUGACCUCACAAGGUCUCUGUUCUUUGUAAUGAAACUGUCCUGCUCCAACUCCACGUCCUAUGACCAGGACAGAUCUCUGAAGCUAGGAUUGGAGGUAACCAGCCUGUUGUUCUUCUAGGCUGUGACAACCCCUUCCCUGCCAGGUGCCUGUAUAGUGUUGACAAACAGUGAUGCCUUCUACAGUCAAAUAACUGGUGAAUGGGCAUAGACCGGGAUGGGCUGUCACUGACACCCUCCCUUCACAUCUCAUCUCUAAAGUCUUCACCGCACCCCACACCCCAAGCCUGUGGUGACAGAACAGGAGGGGAGUGAACAUGCAGGAAAAAAAAGGAACACCUCUCGAAACAGCCUCAAUUUGCUUUAAAUAAAAUUGGUGAUUUAUAAUGA